CCGUCAGCCUACAUACGCCAACUUGGCGAUUUCCGAGAGGGCAUUAUACCGUCAGUGGCUCCUUAGCCGUCAGCAAGCCGUGUAAAGCUACGUCAGCAGAUAUGCAGGCCAUUGCCACGACUGACUUCCAGCACCUCCCGCGGGUGUUGCAGGGGGAGGACGAGGACAGUUGGUUUGGGAUUACAGACCCCAAAAUACGGCGAAGAUUGCAGAAUCGAUUGAACCAGCGGGAAAGGCGUUCGAUUUUGGAUGCAAUACGUAUUUUGGGUCCAGCCGCCAUUAACGCUGCACGCGCGCUCAAGCAGCUUGAAAGCACUAUUGUCUUUGGAGCUCGAUGUAACGCUUGGUCUCCGGCGGCAGAUUUACGUCUCGGGGUUACGAGGCUGAAUGUCUUACGAGCAUUGCAUGCCAAUCUCGAGGUCCUGGGCUAUCGGCCAAGCGAUAUCCAGGACGAUGCGCAGUCAACUUUUACAGUUGAGAGGCCGUCAAGGCACCCUGAUCGAGACAUCAUUGAGGCCAAGCUACCAUCGGCACUAAGGCCGACAGGCAUUCAGCGCACGAUUCCUCACCAUCCAUGGCUGGACCUCAUCCCCUUCCCGGGCAUGCGAGACACCCUGAUCUUGGCUCAGGAUUUCAUUGACGAUGAACAACUUUGCCACGAUAUGUCUGGUCGGGGUAGCCCCGUCGGGCAACAGUCUAAUCGCAAUGCGGGUAGUGGGGAAACUGGUAUCUUGGUGUGGAAAGAGCCAUGGGACCCAUCCGGCUGGGAGGUCACCAAGGUUUUCAUCCAACGAUGGGGCUGGACUUUGCGAAACUGCCCCGAGCUACUUCGUUCGACGAAUGCAUGGCGAAGGUACCGGGGGGAAAGGCCACUUUUCACUGUCUCGGAGAAUGACAUGGAAUCGAUACGUGAGAUCGUAUGA